CCGGUAUAAAGUCUGUGGCGCAACGUUGCCAACAACAAAACGCACCAACUCGCCCGCAGAGGCUAGACGCACUUUGGGACUAUUCAAGCCUGCGGGACCGUACUUUCACGCUGUUUACGCACCGGGAUUAAUUUGUGAUUCGCAAAACAUGAUUCCUGAGGAGAGCUUCGGCGCCAUCGAGAACAGGUGAGAGUUGUGGCUCGGUUUUUACGCACGGAGAGUUGCAGCGUUUGGUCCGUCUGAGCCAUGUGCACGCAGCUCGUGUGCCGGACAGGAACGCUUGUCGUUCUUUGAACCCUGGAAUUACCUGAACUGCUGAUGCUGAUGUAAUUAAACCUCUGUGUGUUUGCGAGCUUGGAUUUAAGACUUCAUUUGGCAGAGAUUUGCAGCAUCUCAGUGAUAGAAGCGCUACGAUUUUUUUUUAAGCCAUAAAAGGCGAAAUUCUAAGUUGAUGCAUGAAUUAUUUUGAGCUCGGGUCACAUGAUUUAAAAAUAUGAUACUUGAGCAGCACUAUGCAUGCAUGCAUGUAUGUUGCACAAACUGCAGCACUGCUCAUUUAGACUGCAUAUGCAUUCAUGUAAAGUUGAAUUUCCGUUUUUGCAACCAGCCCCAUGCAACAUGAAAACUAAGCAUUUUAUCAGACUUUAGAUAUAAAAAGUAAGGCAUUGACUAAGUAAUAUGUCCAUUUUGGGCAAAAAAAACAAUUCAAAAUGUAGUUUCAUUGCAGAAUACAAAAGGCUAAUUGUUCUUUUUUUCUUCCCCCUCAGGAUGCAGUCUGUAGGCCUGGCUCUGGAGGAGUUGCUGGUAACAGCUCAGAAACAGGACUGCCUCACUGUGGGCAUCUAUGAAUCAGCCAAACUUCUCAAUGCAGAUCCGGACAGUGUGGUGCUGUGCGUCCUGGCAGCCGACGAUGAAGACGACGUGGCGCUGAAGAUCCACUUCACGCUGCUGCAGUCCUUCUGCUGCGAUAGCGGCAUCACCAUCCUGCGAGUCUGUGGGGUUCGGCGGCUCCAGCAGCUGCUGGGUGCCGUGGAUGUCAACAGGAACCAGGAGGAGUGCGGAGACCUUCACUGCAUUCUGGUUACGAACCCUCAGGCAGACCACUGCAGACUACAGGAAGUGGGGAUCUACUGCCAGGAGAGUCGGCGCCUGGAUCAGUGGGUGCCUGAACUGGUCCUGCAGGAGCGCUGAAGGGUCUGCAUACUCCAAAACAAAAAAAACCCCAAAAAUAAACAAAACACAGCAGCUAUCUGGGUCCAGAUACUGAUUAACUGAGGGGUCGUGAUGCUCAAGCAGGGAUGACCUGGAGUGAACUCGUCCCAGUGCACAAUCCUGACUGAUAACAAGCAGGAAUCGAGGACUUCCUUUCAAUGACAAGUGAAACAGUUGGACUGGAGUUUCUUGAAUCUGUGUUUAUGUGCAAAAGAUGCAAACAGAAAAGCAGAAUCAGGCCACAUUGUGUUUUUGUUUUUUUUCCCACAUCAGUAUAACACAGGCUCAGCUUCUGUUUUGUGCUACUGUUUGGGUACUCACAAUGUUUAUGGGGUGUGGCAUGGAUCAUUAAGAGGAGCAUUAGCUUCGAAAGCAACGUGUCCACACCCCAGCUGGUACCUGGAAGACUUGGAAUGUUGAAAUGCUGAAACUAUCCCUGACAUUCCUGUGUGUUCAGAUGUAGGAGUGUCCCAGGAGAGAAGAGGUGUGUGUGUGUGUGUGUGUCUAUGAAUGUGUGGUAUGCAUAUACGAUACUUGUAUCUUUCUUUAGAAAAGACGGGGUGUGCAGCGUUCUUGAAAUGAGCAGCUGAACCUGCGGAGGAAUCGUCACCAUGGAAACUGAAAUGGAAAUGAUGUUGGAGUUGAAAAGGCACACAGGAAUUACUGAGGUUGCAGAUCCGAAAAACUGCAGAUGGAGCUUUAAAGCACGAUGUGUUCUUGGAAAAGUUCAAAAUUCAGGAGGACACAGAGUGAACCGCCUUGUUUGUUCUGAACGGGUCCGCUUUAAAUGAUUGUACUGAAAAAAAAGAAACCACAGUCCUCUUUGUGCCUUCAAGAGUGUUUUGUAACUAAUAAGUGGAGACACUGUUAAUUUAUUGAUUGUAUCAGUUGUAUUUUUGUAGCUAUUUGUGCUCUAUAAAAUAAGCCAAUAAAUUAUUGUGUUCAUAAAU